AUGUCAAAAAUUUUGAUAAUUUUCCGUUUCUUGAUAAUAGUAACAAUAUUAUUAUGUAUAUGCUUUUGGUUCGAGAUUGCGCCCUUGCCUACUUGUAUUCCAAGUGGACCCGUUUCUUUAGAACGCACUCUUGGAUUCGGGCAUAUUUACGUCAUCAACCUUCCUUAUCGAACUGAUAGACGCAAGAAGAUGGAAGCUAUCGCGAAUGCACUCAAUUUGGACUUUGAAAUUUUUCCUGCUACUUCUAAAUUCGAUAAGAAAACCUUAGAUGCAUUCCCGGGAAGACUCGAUGCACAAUAUAAAGCUUGUUGGGUGAGCCAUUAUAAAAUCUUCCAAUCAAUGAUGGAAAAUUCAUAUGAUAGUGCAUUAAUUUUAGAGGACGAUGUGGACAUGGAAAUUGAUAUUUUAUCAAUCAUGUCUGGCAUUCAUCAUUCUCUACCCGUUGAUUGGGAAAUGCUAUUCCUCGGACAUUGUGGUGGGGAUUCAAAAGGCCCACUCUUAGGCAAAAGUCAAGGAGUCGAGUUAUAUAAAUCCGCAAGUCCAAUAUGUAUGCACGCUUAUGCUGUAUCAUCAACUGGCUUACCCAAGAUUCUACGGGAAUACAAUACUUCGAACAUGCCGAUCGAUUUUAGAUCUUAUGAUCUUAUUGAUAAAGAAGUUAUUACUUCGUACAGUCUUGAACCUUCGAUUGUCGUGCAAGUGAAAUCCUACGAUAACCCAUCAGAUAUCACACCUGAAUCAAAUGACACAGAAACCGAUGAUUUGCGGAAUUCAACGCUUAAAUUUAUUAAACUUAGGAGAUAA